ACGGAUGGGUUAAAUAUGUGCAAACACAGUUGGCUAAUGGUUGUGAAUUCUAAUUCCGUGUGAUCUGCUUGACCUCUGGGAAGAGUUCAGAUUGCCAGAGCACCGGCAUGGAGGGCAACCUAGCGUUUACCGAGCGUUCUGCUGCUUCAGCAUGUUUUCUUCCCCUGCGGAAAAGCUGCCUGUGACGGGUCUUUGUGGGGAGAACGAGGUUUCCGCUGAACUCAGCAUCAGAAGGCGUUUGACGGGUUAGAGGCUGACGAGUGAUGUUCAGUCGCGCUCUUGACAUGUCGGUGUGGCCUCUCCUGCUGUGGCUGGUUCACGCUGUGAGAACAGACUCCAUCGUCACUCAGUGGCCAGAUGUUGUGGACGUAACAGUUGGAAAUUCUGUUACUCUAUCAUGCAGUGUCAUGGAGCUGUACUCCCCCUGUUCCAGCGUGGCCUGGUUGAGAACCUAUCCAGAAAACACGACCUUGAGCAAGACUGAUACGUCUAAAGUCACUAUGCAUUCCUCUUCACACGGCUGGACUGAGGUCUGCUCAGCGGUCAUCACCAGCCAGACUGUGGAGGAUUCUGGCAUGUACUACUGUGUGGUGGUGCAAGGCAAAUUCGCUCACAUCGGCAAUGGUUCCAGGGUUAUUGUGAAAGAUCCCACUGUGUCUCCAGUCGUGGAGGUCAUCUCUCCAGUGAGCUACAGUGCCUCUGUGGUUCCUCUGCAGUGCCUGGUCACUGGAGUUUUACAGACUCAGGUGGAUGUGUACUGGAUAAUAGACGGACAGCAGGUGGUGGGCCACUCUAGAUGGACACACAGUGAAAACACGGAGCUCAUCAUCAACCAGCUCAUGCUUUCUGCUGCAGAGUGGCAGAGUCGGCCAGCCUGUGUGUGUGUGGUGGAGUACGGUCGAGAAGUCUUCAACAAGACGCUUCAGCAACCUGGUCGAGUGUUUUGUUCCUGCGGUGUGUGCCGUGUUGUGAAGUUCCUCUACGUGGCUCUUGCUUCCAUCUCUGUUCUCCUGACCUGCAUAAUAAUAGUGACCAAACUGGCUUCAUGGAUCAGAAACAAACAGAAAUGAACUGAAGACAAGAUUACAAGAAGACUCAGCAGAACAUAAUCCUUUGAUAAAAGUCUUUAAGUGUGUAAUCAAAGCUCAGAACUUAAUCUAAGUCUGAAAAUCCGUUUAAGACCUUACGUCUUUAAUAUACGUCACAUAUCAAUGAUGCAGUGAAGAUAAAAAAAGCUGAAUUUCCCUUUCAAUCAAUAAAGUCUCAACCAUUAAAAUCUC